AUGGAGAACAACAACACUGCGGAAGCGCAAACAACUUCCGAUACGCCGCCCAAGAAGGGACGAAGAGGCAAGAGGGAUGCGGGAAGCGAGGACUCUAAGAAGAGGCGCUGCAUCUCUUCCGCGUGUGUUCCAUGCAGAAAGCGCAAGUCCAAGUGCGACGGUACCACUCCGGCUUGCUCAGCAUGUGCCGCCGUCUACAACACGCCAUGCAUCUACGACCCCAACUCGGACCACCGCCGCAAAGGUGUCUACAAGAAGGACAUAGACAACCUCAAGACGCGCAACUCGACCCUCCAAACCCUUAUACAAGCCAUUCUCAACUAUCCCGAAGAAGAAGUCGCCGAUCUCGUACACCAAAUACGGACAUGUGAGAGCUUGGACUCGGUUGCGGAAGCUAUCAUUGCAAAGGAGAAUGGCGAAGACGACGAAGAUGAGCCUAUCAGCCCAGUUACAACGCCCAUCAUGGCGCCCGCAAAGGGCACGUUCGAGAGCCAGCUGAGCGGAAAGAUGGGCGAGCUGCGGCUUGAGGAUGGCUCGACGAGAUACAUUGGCGGUACAUCACACCUCAUAUAUAUGGGGAAAAGCAAUGACGAGGUGGAAUCGCCGGAUACAUACACCGAGGACCAGUACCAGGAAACACAGGAUCCGUUCUGCUCGUGGACAACCGUCACCUCGGACCCGGAGCUUGUGCAGCAUCUGAUUAGUAUGUACUUUUGCUGGCACUACAGCUUCUUCACUACGCUGUCGAAAAAUCUCUUCCUACAAGAGUUCAGACUGGGCAAACCACUGCCAGGAUCCGGGAGGAAGACGCAAUACUGUUCGCCGUUACUGGUCAACGCCAUGCUAGCACUGGGGUGUCACUUCACCUCGUGGCCUGCAGCCAGAGCUAUCCGCGAUGAUUCUGCGACGGCAGGCGACCACUUCUUCAAAGAAGCCAAACGGUUGAUCAUGGAGGACGAUCUGCACGAGAUGCCAGCUCUGACGACGGUGCAAGCUCUUGCCUUGAUGUCUGUACGAGAAGCUGGUUGCGGACGGGAAGCAAAGGGAUGGGUCUACAGCGGCAUGUCGUUCCGCAUGGCAUGCGACCUCGGCCUGAAUCUCGGCAUGCACAGCAAAGACGCGAUCGACGAGAACGAAGAAGACGCGCGAAGGAUCACGUUUUGGGGCUGCUUCUUGUUCGACAAGUGUUGGAGUAAUUACUUGGGACGGCUACCACAACUGCCCAACACAAUCCUUACGGUUCCCAAGUUCGAAGUUUUUCCUAGCGAAGAUGCGGAAACGUGGAGCGCAGUUACAGACUCGGGUCUCAGUCAAGCACACUCUCAGCCGAGUCGGACGCGUGCGGUCGCUCUCCAGAUCUCUAAACUUUGCGAGAUCUCGAGUGACCUGAUGAACUCCUUUUACAACCCAAUCGAUAUGGAUAAAGUCAAGGGUAGACAGGCAGAGCUGAAGAAGCUUAGCGAGAUACACAUGCGAUUAGAGACAUGGAGAAGAGAAUUGCCAAAGGAGUUAGAGCCGAAGGAAGGUGGUUUGCCACACAUGCUUGUCAUGCAUAUGUUCUUCCAGCUGUUGUAUAUCCAUCUCUUCCGACCGUUCCUCAAGUAUAGUCCGAACAACUCCCCACUGCCCGCAACUGUAUCGCCAAGGAAGCUGUGCACACAAGCUGCUGCCAUGAUCUCAAAGUUACUUCGACUGUAUAAGCGAUCGCAUGGCUUGCGCCAGAUAUGCAACAUCUGUGUAUACAUCACACACUCGGCAUGUACGAUACACCUUCUGAAUUUACCAGAAAAGAACGCGAAGCGCGAUAUCAUACAUGGUGUCAAGCACCUCGAGGAGAUAGCAGAAGGAUGGCUCUGUGCUCGUCGGACGCUCGGUAUUCUCAGCGUUCUGGCCAAACGCUGGAAAGUCGAGAUGCCCGAAGAAGCUGCCACAGUAUUGUCCCGGACUGAUGCCAAAUAUGGCCCCUGGAAUGAGAUCAGCACGCCUAGAGCAAAUCGCCGCGCAUCCAUACAGACGAGCACUCAGCACCCAUCACCUGCAGACCAAGCGUCACCAAGUCUUCAACCAUACAGUAUGAACAUGACAAACAUGGCAACACCGCAGUUCCUUAACCGAGUAACAGCAAACACCAACAGUUCCGUAAGCAAUGAUCCUUCUGCUCGCCCUUCUAGCACCCACUCCAUACCUCCCUCCGACGCAAACGCCCUGGCUUACAUGCGCAAUCAGCACCAGAUCAGCACACCACAAAAUUCAUCAUCCGCCCUCAACGCACCAACACCGGCCUCCACACAGGGUCGGCGCUCCGUCGAUGGCGGACAGACUACUGCCGGAAACUCUCCAAGCCAGCUCUUCGGUGGUGUGGACCAGUUGUUACGGGAAGGCCAAGACUGGAUCUAUCGCGAUCAGACACAGCUCGCGACUGAUUUUGAGAACUGGAACCAGCAAGGCAUCGACGAUAUCGCGAACUGGUUUGCCAACACAACCAGUCCAGCAGGUGCGUUCCAGGGUAACACCAACGCGCCUGUUAUGAGCAAUGAGAUGAGUGGUGGGCCUGUGGGUGGCAGCACGGUCAACGGGUAUACGAAUGGGAACGGGAAUGCGAACCCGAAUCCGAGCCCAAGUUUAAAUGGAUUUGGCACAGGUGGCUUUAAUGGUAUGGGAAUGCCGGGAUUUACUUAUGAUGAACAGAGCUGGUACCAGUAG